UAUAAAGCUGCUGUAUCAGCGGACGAUCAGCAGCUAAUCCGUGUUCAAAAUGAGAGGCCUAACAUUGCUCUGUCUGUGGGGAUUAUUUCUCACAGCAUCAACUGUGUGGCCACCAGGAGGUCAAACGCCCAUGAGCGGCCCCUUGUUUCUUAACAUCACAGCCAACACAUCAACGGAACAAGUGGAGCGCAGUUCAAAUAAUACAAGUUCAGAGGCGACAGCUACUGCACUGCCAGUUGAAAGUACUCAUGAGUUAACACCGCCUAAGGAUGGAGAGGACAGCCAGUUGCCUAAAGAACACCCGGUGCAGAACUUACAAGAAAGAAAAGCACAAAAGAAACCUACCCGGCGCAAUGGACGUUGGCACCCUCUUGUUAGCAACGUGGGUUUCCCUGCGAGCCCAGAAGACGGAGAAAAUACGAAGCCGUAAUGAAGACUGACAGACGAACAGAUUUUUUUUUUUUAAAGAACCAAAAAGCAUUUUGUUGGUCUCCUUCAAAUAAACAUUUCAAGUCUUGUGUGUGUGAGAAAAAAAGUUUUAUUUGUUAAUAUGCGUGGUAUAAGGUCAUUUGAAACGCCUACCAUUUCCAAACUUUUGAUCAUUUUUCCACGACUUGUCAAAAUGAGACACAUGAGACAAUUUAGUAAGUAAUAAUGGGAGGGACUGCAAGUUAAGACAGGUCUUAAGUUUACAAAAAGGACACCACCUUUUCUGCAAGAUAAAGAAAGACACCGUAUACAGUAAAUCCCCUUUUCAACAUUUAAAGAUUCAGACAAGACUUCAAAUCACAAGGAUCACUUUAUUUUUUGUGUUCGGCUCUUCUCUUUUAAUUCACAAAUAUUAUCUACGUCCACCCAAAAAGUGUUCCAGCAGGGAUCAUCUCUCCCUGACAUCUUUUAUAGAAAUGACAGGAACAGAACAUAAAUCAAGUUCUUUACCUUUCUAAACAUAACUAAGCUUGCAGUAAAAACCCUUUUGAUAUCUAACUUGGCAAACGUGUUGUAAGUGAAUAGUACUCUGUUGGUUUGGUGACAGUAUGUUUUUACCGUAACUCUAGAAAUGAAGUCACACACAACCACUUGUUCUACAAAACUGCAAUGAGGUCUGACACAGCAUGUAUACUCAUGAGGAAAGCCUUGAUUAAAAAACAGAAGUCUUAAAACUGAGAUCGAAAUGUAGCACUUAAAUACUAAAAGUUGUGAGCUCAGUAGGCAAAACCAAAAAA